AUGCCGCUGCUAUCGGCCGACAAUGGCGACUCUAGCAGGAGUCGCAGCCGCCAGCGCGCGCGCACCGAAGUGGGCGAGCAUAGGAGCAUGUGGGACCGCCUCAACUUCCAGAAGAUCGGCUCCUGGCUGAAGAAGGACGAGCACACGCCACCGCCCUCGCCCACCAAGCCCAGGAUGUCUGAGAGCAUGACCAAGGAGAGCAAAGAGAACAAGGACAGCAAGGAGAUCACGAGGCCCCAUUCGAGCGGUGGACUGCUGGGGCGGAGAGGCAGCAGGAAAGUCAUCCCAGGUCUGCCGAGGCCCCUGACCUUCAAGCGGAUGCAGAGCGAGAAGAGAGACAAGCUGCUCGAGGUGCCCGAGACGGAACAUCGAAGAGCUGUCUCGGAAGACCGCAAGAGCUCCGUGCCCUCGAAGCGAAACCCCUCGCCCCCGCCUAUGUCUGUGCCGUCCAUGUCCGCUCCAGACGUGCUGAGUCCGCACGAGAGUCAUAGCGAGAAGGAGAAGGAGUCAUUGCCAGAAAUGGAGUCAUUCCCCAGUAUAGAGCGCACCAUUGGCGGCGGUCCCGACUCCAACAUACCAGCAGGCGCGCGCCAGGUCGACUAUGGCAUUGAAGAACCCGAAGACUACAUGUCGGCCGGCGAAAUGUCUACAAUCGAGGGACCCCCACAACUCCCGCCAGUGGAAGUCGCAGACGCCUUUUCGGACCGCGGCUCCCAUCACUCAGGCUCAGACAUCGACGAUGUACGGUUGCAGGAGGAGCUCGAAGCAAAGUGGAUCCUCAACCUCAGCAUGCACUUCCGCGACCUGUCGGACCGCGAGAAGUUCUUCGUCACCUUUGCCGAGGAGCCCACCAAAUGGAGGCGGGUUACAGUAUCGUGCGACUACCGGCAUCUCGAGGCCGACUCACUCGAGGCUGAUCUCAAGACAAUGCACUACCAACGCGACAAGAGCAAGCGCAUCUACGAAGCCAUCCGCGACUCCCUACCCGAUAUCCAGUUCUACGACACCGUUACAAACCUCAAGCUCGAAACUGCCGACGGUCGUCUCCAUGUACACGUCACCGAGGAUAUCAACGAGGCUAUCCCGUACCCGCCCACGUCAGCCAUCGAACACCUCGACUGCAAGCGCUUCCGAGAGAGCGCCAUCUCUUUCGACUCUCAUAUCUCAGGCUUCGUAUACAAGGUCUCCGUCAACAACAAUACGUACAUUAAGAAGGAGAUCCCGGGUCCAGACGCGGUCGAGGAGUUUUUAUAUGAGAUCAACGCUCUCGUCAGCCUGCAAGAAUCCAAGUCAGUCAUCAGAUUCGAAGGCGUCAUAGUCGAUGAGCAGAACGAGCUCAUCAAAGGGCUACUCAUUAGCUAUGCCGAGCUGGGCGCGCUGGUGGACGUCAUCUACGACUUCAAGCCCACAAGCCAAUACAAGCCCAUGGGCCAACUCACCUGGGAACGCCGCGAGCGGUGGGCACGACAAAUCGUCGAGGGUCUGUCCGAAAUUCAUGAAGCUGGAUUUGUGCAAGGCGACUUCACUCUCUCAAACAUCGUUAUAGACAACGACGACAACGCCAAGAUCAUCGAUAUCAACCGUCGCGGUUGCCCUGUCGGCUGGGAGUCACCUGAGCUGGCUAGGCUGGUCGAAAGCGGACAGCGUGUAACAAUAUACAUCGGCGUCAAGUCAGAUCUCUUUCAACUGGGCAUGGUAUUGUGGGCGCUGGCCGAACUGCAAGACGAGCCGGAGCGCCAACAGCGACCACUAACUCGCACCCUCGAUCGACCAAACACAGAUGUACCGGUCUACUUCCGCGAUAUUAUCAGAGCCCUGCUCAGUGACUCACCCCAAGGGAGACCGUCAGCGGCAAGCCUGCUUAAGAAAUUCCCUGACGAUAUACUAGAUCGGGACUUCAAGCCCAAGGCUGCCAUAAGAAGCAGUGUUUCUACACAUCGAAGCGACAAGGAGUACAUCGACCCCAGGACGGCAGUCGACCUCGAGGAUAUAUCCAAACACCGCCGCCACUCCAGACAGCAGUCGUCAUUCGAGGAAAUCAACAUACCGCGCACAGAAUACCCCGCAUCCUCUGGCUCAUACAUCAUUCCCGACAACCGCUCCGACCGUGGGCGGUCUGCUGGCCCCUUGAGCAUUAGCGAGAGAAACAGACGAAGCGAAUACUCGCCUUAUCCCGGCCAUCGGUCCGUCAUGUCGCUCGACGACUCGGAGCUCGAGAAUGAGCUUGCAAGCCUGCCAGCCAGUAGAGAAACGAGGUGGGAGCAGAUCUACGUUGACGGCGAUACCAAGCUUGUUCAGCGAGGAUGCGCCGACCUUGACGUCCAUGAUUUUGUCACCCAAGAGCCGAAAGACAUAUGUAUCACAAGCCCACCAGACGAGAUGGAGAAUUCAUUUCUUGGGGGCAGACCAGCCGACGACGCUCCGCUGAGCGUGUCAUUUGUUGGUGGACUCCAGCCACACUCAAUGCGAAGCAGCGCACAAGGAUCGUCUGAUCAGGAUCAUCGAGAGUUUGGCAACAAGGCCUCCUUUAGCACUCGCGUACACGAACUGGCACAGACACAGCCGGAUCAAGGAUACUUAGAUUCUGAUGCUUCGCCGGGCUACGAAGAAGGUCGAAAAUUCCAGAUUCCUGCCUCUGGAGUGCUCACCAACCUGGAAUACGACGUUGCCAUGGACUCUUCCGCCUCCAAUACUUCCCCUCCGUCGCGCGUCAGCACCGGCUUCUCUGUUUUCGAUCGUCCAGAACCUUCACGCAGAGUUGACACGGGCUUCUCAAUAGCGCAAGGGUACCGUAUGCCAAUGCAUCAAGAUUCAGGCUUCGGAGAUUCCGAGCGGGUAUCGUCUGAAAGCGAGCGAAUACGCCACAGUCUUGACGAAAGCAUCAAAGACCUCAACUUUACUAGCGAAGAUGAGGCAAGGAUCGACGAGCGACUCUGGGAUGAGAAAGGAGCCCCCAAGUUUGGUGAGGGCGUGCGUGCAGCCGAGCUGCAGAUCAAGCCGGAGCCCAUUCCCAUAUUCACCAUCCCGGCAUCCCCACGCAAACAAGAUAAGCAGAAGCAGGCGCGCGCAUCGAUGCCACCUCCGCCAAUACCGAGCGUUGGACCGGCAAACGUGCUGAGCGUUGAAGACGUCCAAGACAAAGCUCUAGAAGAGAAGAACUCAAAUACCACCAUUCGAGCGCCUAGUAGACGCAGUCCGUACGCAGGGCCAAAAGCUGUCGACUCUAUGGAUAUUGUUUCGACCGACGCCAAACACACCUCCAAGAAACCACAUACCAUCAGUUCGUCAUCCAAGGACAAGCUAUCGAAUAAGCGAGCGAAAGAUCCCUCGUACGACGAUUACUUAUCACCAGCCGAAGACGACGAUGACGAUGACGACAAACAAGCAUCAAACGAUCUCUCCGACUACCUCACUCACUCCAUUUUCUUUGACCAAACUAUUGAUUACACACGCGAGCAUCAGAAGCAGAAGCAGAAGAAGACCACAGGUCACGGUUCGCAAGGACCAAAAGUUUGA